GCCCAAGUACUCAGCAUCAAUAUGAGAGCCAGUGUCGAGAUUUGCUUUUACCUAACAGCCAUUCUUAUAUGCAUGUACACGGCAAACGCAUCGCUCGAAACCGAAAACAAUGAAGUGAAUCACAAGCUCAGCGGUGUUAUACAAUGGAAAUAUGAGAAAAGACCAUUUUGCAACGCCUUUACAGGCUGUGGACGUAAGCGCACCUCGUAUCCCUCAUAUCCGCCAUUUUCGCUUAUCAAACGCAAUGAGCUGGAGGAGAAGCCCUACAAUAACAAUGAGUAUCUAUCGGAAGGCUUGAGCGAUCUGAUUGACAUCAAUGCCGAGCCCGCUGUUGAGAAUGUACAGAAGCAGAUAAUGUCGCAGGCCAAGAUCUUUGAGGCCAUCAAGGAGGCCAGCAAGGAGAUCUUCAGGCAGAAGAACAAACAGAAAAUGCUCGAGAACGAACAACAGCUGCAGCAACAGCAACAGCAACAGCUAUUGGAGCAGCGCGACAACAACUAAUAUGGCGAAACCCGAUAAGGAUAAUUACCCCCAAGUUAAACACAUGAAAUCGUUUUGUAAAUAAAUAAUCAGUCUACAAAUAUGUUUAUAUAUACACACAUAUAUG